GGGCGACAGAGGGGAGGUCUCCUGCCAAAGUAGGAGCUGCUGGAGCCCAGAGCGGAGUCGUAGGCCGCUUCCCGGCUUUUAAUAGCCGGGCCUUGUCGGGCCAGGCAUCAACAUGCACCCUCCGCUCCCGGCGGCUCCCAGCUGAGUGCACGCUCAAAUCACGUCGCCACCUGUCCAAUGUCAGCCCCGCCCUUCCCCCCUUGCCAUCCCGGGCAGCCCAGCGGCUAGCCGCGUACUGUGGGGUCCUAGGGACUCUGAGGCGCUGCCGGAUCUGGUUACACUGAGGGCGCCCAUGGCUGCAGUGGGGCCGCGGACCGACCCGGGCGCAGGAGCCGAGGCGCUGGCGCUGGCGGCAGAGUUACAGGGUGAGGCGACAUGCUCCAUCUGCCUAGAGCUCUUCCGGGAGCCGGUGUCCGUCGAGUGCGGCCAUAGCUUCUGCCGCGCCUGUAUCGCGCGCUGCUGGGAGCGCCCGGACGCCGGAAGCGCAGCUGCCACCCGCACGCUGCCCUGUCCCCUGCCCUGCCCUCAGUGCCGCGAACCCGCACGCCCCAGCCAGCUGCGGCCCAACCGGCAGUUGGCCGCUGUGGCCACGCUACUUCGGCGCUUCAGCCUGCCGGUGGCCACCACCGGAGAUCGCAAGUCCACGGAGGCGGUGACCUCCGCGGCGGCCAGCCGGUGCGCACAGCACGGGGAACAGCUCAAGCUCUACUGCCAAGACGAUGGACGCGCCAUUUGCGUGGUGUGUGACCGCGCCCGCGAGCACCGCGCGCACGCCGUGUUGCCGCUGGACGAGGCGGUACAGGACGCCAAGGAGCUCUUGGAUUCCAGGCUGAAGGUCUUGAAGAAAGAACUGGAAGACUAUGAGGUGUUCCGGUUUACAGAAGAGAAGGAGAGCAAGGAACUCCUGAUGCAGAUGGCAGCAGAGAAAGAAAAGGUAGGGGCAGAGUUCCAGGCACUGCGAGCCUUCCUGGUGGAGCAGAAGGGCCGGCUCCUGGGCCGCCUGGAGGAACUGUCCCGGGAAGUGACACAGAAGCAGAAUGAGAACCUGGCCCAAUUGGGGGCUGAAAUCACUCAGCUCUCCAAGCUCAGCAGUCAGAUCCAGGAGACAGCUCAAAAGCCUGACCUUGACUUCCUCCAGGAAUUCAAAAGCACACUGAACAAGUGCAGCAGUGUUCCUGGCCCCAAGCCAACCACCGUCUCCUCUGAGAUGAAGAAUAAAGUCUGGAAUGUUUUCCUCAAGACUUUUGUCUUAAAAGGGCUGCUGAAGAAGUUCAAAGAGGAUCUUCGGGGAGAGCUGGAGAAAGAGGAGAAAGUGGAGCUCACCUUAGAUCCCGACACGGCCAACCCCCGCCUCAUCCUGUCUCUGGAUCUUAAGAGCGUACGUCUUGGACAGCGAGCCCAGGACUUGCCCAGCCAUCCCCGCCGCUUCGACACCAACACCCGGGUCCUGGCGUCGUGUGGCUUCUCCUCGGGGCGGCACCACUGGGAGGUGGAAGUGGGUUCCAAGGACGGCUGGGCCUUCGGCGUGGCCCGCGAGAGCGUGCGUCGCAAGGGCCUCACGCCCUUCACCCCGGAGGAGGGCGUCUGGGCGCUGCAGCUCCACGGCGGGCAGUACUGGGCUGUGACCAGCCCCGAGCGGACUCCUCUCAGCUGUGGGCACCUGUCGCGUGUUAGAGUGGCGCUGGACCUGGAGGUGGGGGCUGUGUCCUUCUACGCCGUGGAGGACAUGCGUCACCUCUACACUUUCCGAGUCAACUUCCAGGAGCGCGUGUUCCCCCUUUUCUCUGUCUGCUCCACUGGCACUUACUUGCGAAUCUGGCCUUGAGGGACAUUGCCUGGCUUUCUAGGAGGGAGGCUGGUGGGUCUUGGGUAGACUCUUCCUCCUCCUCCUGUGACAGAGUCACCUGCUAGGUCUUGAGCCUGCUCUCCACAGUCCCAAGAGGGUCUGCUACAGAGCACGGCACGGGAGGCAUGAAGAGCUGUUGAGGACCAGGGCUCUGUGGUCAACUGAGCAGGGGAAGAGAUGCCUUGGACCCUUGCGCCUGUUCCCCUCGUGUUGGUGCUCAAGGGAUUUGGCUUGAAUUGCCUGGGGAUGGAAGCCCAUGAGGACAUAAAUCUUCUCUUGGCCAGGGUGCUUCCUAUCACAUAGGGCUAUUGCCCUGAGUUAGAAGGGCCACUGGUUCCAUGGAACAAUGUUAAACUUUGAUCCUGUUGCAAGGGGUCAGGUUUGGCCCUGGGUCAGCCAGGUUCAUUAUUACUUUGCCUUCUUGACAGCUGCCAACUCUACCUUGGUAGGGAGUGAGACUUCUGGAUCCAGCUGGCCUGGAUUGGUCAUCUACUCAGGGAGGAGCACAGUAUUCUCAGCUCAGAGGACAGUUGGCUAGAAUUGGAAGGAGACCCGUGGCCCAUACAUGAGGGAAAAAACCAGGACAACAGCAUACAGGCAUUGCUACUCUCCUGCAUCCCUUAGCCUGAUGCUACACCGUGGUUUAUGCAUCCGUGACCAUGGAUUUGUGUUCUCUCAGAUACCUAGCUGUCCAUUUUUCAGUGUCAGAGCACAGUGUCUCUUGGGUAAGGACAUCAAAGGUACUUGAAUUCCGAAAGUACUUCGGAAUUCGGAAGUACUUGCUACUUCUAAUUUUACAGAUGUAACAAGCACCAGCAGAUACAUGCACAGAACACUAACAUGCUUCUGGAAAUCCUUUCUGGAACUUGCCAAAUGUUUGCCAACAGUGGAGCAUCCUGGUCCCAAGGUCUGCUCAACCUCUGUCCUGGACUGUGUUCAGCAGGCCAGUCUCUUUAUCCUCUUGGCUGAUUGUUCCACAGCUUCUGAAUGGCUUGGCUUCUGGGAGGGCUAUAUUGGGCUGUUCCCUGUUUAGUGCUUCUCUGGGAAGGGGGAUGGGCAGAGGGAAAUACAAAUUGUGAGCUCAUCUCUUGGGGUGGCUGGACUCAUUCUUGACUCCUCUGUUCUGAUUACUGGAUGACAAGUCAGAGCAAAGGUUUCUGCUAGUGAGUGAGUGGGUACGUGUAUUUAUGCAAAUAAGCAGUGUGAGUACAAAGAUGUGAGUGGCUACUGGGCUACAUGAGUGUGAUUUUUUUGCUGGGGGUGGGGUGGGGAGAAGACUCUUGCUUUGUAGUACUGGCUGGCCUUGAUCUUGUGAUCCUCCUGCCUCCUCCUCCCAAGUGCUGGGAUUACAGGCAUGUGUCCCUCACACGCAAAAUUUCAGCAUGAAUUCUGUCCUACACAGGUUGUUUAGACAUAUGGUUUGGCAUACAGAGACAGUGGCAAUUAAAUCAUCCUGUCUACAAGUGUCUUUGAGUUUUAGGGCUCUGUCCCUUGAGAUAUUUCCAGCACACUUGGCAUAUGGUUCCUGUGGGGCAGCCAGGACACUUGUCUUUGAGGCAACCCCAGUUAACACUGUACCAGGCAAUCAGAAUCCUGUGUCAUGUGGGCAGGGGACAGGACCAUUUAAGACUGCAGCCUGUUGCUUCUUGGCUUUUUGGCUAAGAUCAAGUGAAGACUUUAGCCUACAGCAGAGUCCAGAGGGUGAAUCCUCUUGUCUUGUUACCAUGUGGAAAGUAGCUCUAGAACACUGUAGCCAAUCCGUGUAUUUGAGUAGCACUGGUUUCCACAAAAAGACCAUUUCUAAUAUUCAAUGGGUAAUUAAAUGACUUAGUGUUGUCAUCAGGUUCUCAUGUUAUCUGGGCUUAUACAGCUUUUAGACAAUCAUGAUUCCCUUUGUAUCACUUAAUAACUGCGUCAAGUGUCACAACACAUUAUGGGUCACAGAAGAGAGACUUCGGGUGGAGGUGGCAAGUAUGUCGGUGAGGCCGGGAUAUGGGGCUGUCUGUGUGCAUAUUUUCAGCUUUUGUGUUUGUGAGUGUGACUGUGUGUCCAUCAGAGAAGGUGUACUUGCAGAGUAACUACAAAUAUACUGGAAGAAAUGUUACCACAGUUACUGUAACAGUUACAUACAGAGGGGAAGAGAUGCUCUUUCUUGGGCAGCUUGGUGACUUGAAUGACACAAUGCUGGUGUGAGAGUGUCUGCAUUUCCACCUCACA